AUGGAGAACCAGAGAAAACUGCAGGAGAUCCACAGACUCAAACAACUGCUGGAUCUACUGAUGGUGGACCUACAACUGGCCCACGAGAGACAGAGAGAGAUCGAAGAGAAAGAGAGACAGAGAGAGAUGGGAGAGAAAGAAAGACGACAACAACAAGAGGAGAGAAAGAUAAUGUUUGGGAGAGAUCAAGAAGAAGAAAAUAUAUGGAAACAGAAUCAAAUUGACAUGGAGAAGGAGGGAAGAGAGGGGGAGAACAAGAGACAGAGAGAGAUAGAAGAGAUACACAGACGACAACAACAAGAGGAGAGACAGAAACAAAAGGAGAAGGAGAAAGAAAGGGAGAAAGACAAUGACAAUCAGAGAGAGAUGGAAUUAAAAGAUCAGCAACAGAAAGAGAUGGAGAAAGAAAAGAUGAUUAUGAGAGAAAGGGAGGAAGCAGGAAGAAGAAAGGAGGGGCAGAAAAAUAUUUUGGGGGAAAUUGAGGGACAGAAUGAACUGGAGAUAGAACAGGAGAGAGAGAUGGAAGAAAAGCAGGAAGUGAUUAAGGAAGCAGAGGAAGAGUACAGGGAAAGAGAAGAGAGAGGAAAGGAAGUAAGCAUGAAGAAACAUGUAGUAGUUAAUGUUAAAGCAAAAGCACGGGAAGUCUUCAAUAGGCGUAAAGAGAGGAGGUUAGAAGUGUUGAAGGGGGAACGAGAACACAUAGAAAGAGGACAACAAAUCAGGAGGGAGAAGGAGGAAAGACGGCUGGAGAUGGAAAGAAAACAGGAGAGGGCAAGACAACAAGAGGAGCAGGAUAGAAAACGAGAGAUUGAAAUUGCUAGACAGAAAGAAAUGUCGAGAGUAAGAGAGGAGGAGAGGCAGAGAGAGGAAGAGAGAGAGGAGCAGAGAAAGAAAGCCAUUAAAUGCCAUUUAUCUUUAAUUAGAGAGAGAGAAAAAAUAAUAGAGGCAAAAAAAAGAGAGGAGAUGGUGGAAGAGGAAAGAAGGGAGAUCCUUGAGUACAAGAGGGGUGAGUUAGAGGAGGAGGAGAAGGAAGAUGACAAGGAGGAUAUUCUCCCACCUGAUAAAAGUAUCAGAAGGAGAGCUGUGGGCUGGGUGAAUAAAACAUGGGAGAAGAGGAACCUCAGAAAGAUAGAGAGAACCUGUCAGAGAGAGGCUGAGGAGGGCCAUAAGAUCGUCCACAUAGUCAUCCCUGGACCCAUAAGGCUAACCAUGACCCGGGCAGAGAGAGAGAGGGAGAAGAGGAAGGAGCUGCUGAAGGCUGAGGAGAGAAGGAAGAAGAUGGAGGAUUUCAAUAAGCAGUGGAGAGAGCGGUCCCUGCUUAAAAAACACACUCAUCAACAACUGAAGGAGGAGAGGGAGAAGAUGAAGGAAAUGUACCUGGAGCAGAUUAAUCUGGAGGCUGAUGAGCAAAUCCAGAAGUUCAGCACCCAGUACAUCACCCGGUGUCCAACCACCCAACACAGCCACGACUACAACCAAGGUCAGGAAUUGCCGGGGUGGGCGACAGGCCAACAAGUAAGCCAAGAGCCUGUUGCAUCUGGAGAUGGCCAGCAAGAGGGGCCAAGGAGGCAACAGGCAUGGGCAGAGAACCAGGAGGAGAGUUCAGAGAACAGGCAGGAGGGGCCAGAGAACCAUCAGGGGGGGCCAGACAGCCAGCAGCUAGAAGCUCCAGAAGAGGCUGACACAUCAGAGCCAAUCUCCAACACAAAGACAAAGAAAAAGCCAAGCAUCUGGAAGAAAAUUAGGAUGAGCAUUCCUGACGUGCUGUCUGCCUAGAGCUGGAACUCAAUGAAGCCACAGUUCCACUGAGGUUACGUUGGUAAUUAAAAGUGUCGCCCAAUAAUUCCUCCUCCUCUUUAAGUCAUC